AUGGUCUACACGAACCGCGUUGAGACGUCCGCUAAGGACGUGGCCUCCUAUGCCAGCUGGUUGGAUUCCUGGCGCUUCACGCAGCUGACACCGGACGGCCAAUACUUCCUCAACGCUGGUUGGUCCGAGGUGGCUUAUCAAGAGCAUCGAUCGAUCAUGCACUGGGCUCUGGGGACGGACUCGAAUGGCGCCUUCAAUCUUCGACUUCCAGGCGCCAAGACGUACACGAAGACUGUGUUGGCCAGCGCCAUGGAGCUCUACAUCUCUGGUGCAGUGCAGAGGGACGAAGUCUUGGAGCGUGUGGAGAACGGCUGGAUGGCGGAGACUCAACGACGAGGGAUUCUCGACCAGCUGGCCAUCUAUCGCGCAGCCUUGGGCCUGACGCCCAUGGAGGACCCCGAAUUGUGCCAGCUCCAUCGAGAAGCCAUGGAUCGUGUGGAUCCGGCGGUUUGUCGAAGGUUCGAUCCUGUUACCGAGUUUUACCUGAUCGCACUCAUCGCGCUCGGUAGCCUCCUUGUGGCGGGCACUCUUUGCUCCUGUGCGAUCUUCGUUUGGCACACCAACCAUGCCAAGAAGAAGCUUCUAAAGGAGAAAGAGGCGAACUUGGACAGCACCGUCACUCGAGGCUUGGCCACGGUGAGUGAGCUUGGCUAUCCGAUGGCGAUCAUCUCAGCGCAGGACUUCAUGAAGGUCACCAUGGAGGAGUUGGCAUCCUGUCACGAGGGCCUACGGGAUUCUUGGAUUAAGAAAGGGAACAUUUUGCUGUGA